UUCGGAGAGUCUUGUUUAGAUUGUCUAUGUCAAUCUUGCGACAUCAUUAAUGGCUCAUGUCCUGUAGCAUGUAGUCCUAAUUGCCGAGAUACAAUAUGUUAUCAAUUCUCUGGAUAUUGCACCAAUGGAUGCAAAGAACCUUAUUAUGGGCCCACAUGUGAGAAUCAAUGUAGUUUGCAAUGUAAUCACCAAAGCUGUGAUCGAUUUAGUGGUAUGUGCUCUGGAUGUAAAGAUGGCUUCUAUGGUUUAUUUUGUAAUCAGACUUGCAGUCCAUUUUGCAAAUUCAACACUUGUGAUUCCCAUACAGGAGAAUGUUAUCAAGGAUGUAAAUCGAAUUGGACAGGAUACUUUUGUAACAAAUGCAAUGAUUCACGUUUUGGGCACAAUUGUUCUGAGAAGUGCAGUAUGAACUGCAAAGGACAGCUGUGCAAUAACGUCACAGGAGCUUGCACCAAUGGAUGUGAAACGGGAUUCUUCAAGGAGACGUGCAAUAAAACAUGUAACCCCGAUUGCUAUAACGGAUGUAAUAGAUAUACAGGCUAUUGCGAAAAUGGCUGUGUCGAAGGAAAGUUUGGCACGGAGUGUCACAAACAUUGUGGAUCUGGCUGUCUUUCGAAGAGCUGCGGUCGUAUAAAUGGGAACUGCAAUUGCGUAGAUGGACGGAAAGGGGAUGAAUGUACAGAAUUGCAGACUUCAGAAAUUUAUGAAAGAACAGAAACAAAUGAGGUCUCCCCGAUAUAUUUUCUUGGUGCUGGAGGUGGUGGCGUUUUACUCCUUUUCAUAGUUGUGACAAUCAUCGUAAUUGUAUGCAAAUCAAGAAGACAUACAGAUAGUAACAAUCCCUCAACCUUGGAAAUUCAAAUGUUCACUGACAGAAACACUACGGGAUACACCAACAGGGCUUUUUUAUCGGUCCCUAUUGAGGAUCCCGAAGAGGAACCCUAUGAAGAGAAACCGGAAGAAGCCGUUUAUUAUAAUAACUUGUCCAUGGCUAAGGAUACAAGUGUGAAGGAUCUCGCCAAUAUCAUUAAACAAAAAGAAGCAAAUGAAAAUGCGGAGUUUAUUAAAGAAUUUAAGUCUCUUCCCUAUGGAGUCAGAUUUGAAUGCAAAACCGCAAUCCUAGAAAGAAACUUGCCAAAAAAUAGAUUUAAAACAGUAUUCCCAUAUGAUCAUUCCCGUGUUCAUCUGGAAACAACAGAUGUAUUUUCCUCAGAUUAUAUAAAUGCAAAUUACAUUGAGAAUAUGACGGGGAUACGAGAGUAUAUUGCAUGUCAAGGUCCCAUGCCUAAUACUAUUGUUGAUCUUUGGAGAAUGGUUUGGCAGGAGCAUGUGGAAUACAUUGUUAUGCUGACCAAUCUUAUUGAGGGACCAAAGGUAAAAUGUCACCAGUAUUGGCCAAAUGAAGGGACUGAAGUAUAUAUCGGACCAUUUUCUGUGAGGUUAAUUGAGGAGAAAGUCUAUGCUAACCAUGUUGUUAGGACAAUUAAUUUGCGCCAAGAUAAGGUCACUGGGUCAAGGACGAUUGUGCAGUUUCAUUUCACACGCUGGCCUGAUCAUGGGACUCCAAAUCCUCUAUCCCUGCUAUUUUUUCUCCGUCACUUCCGGCAUAAAAUUAGACCAUCACUUUAUCCGAUCAUCGUACAUUGCAGUGCAGGUAUAGGUCGAACGGGGACAUUUAUUGCCCUGGACGUCCUGUCUAGAUACGGCGAACAAAAGGGCAAAAUCAACGUCAUCGAGUUUGUAAAGAGCAUGCGCAAAGAUAGAAUGACCAUGGUUCAAAAUGCAGAUCAAUAUGCUUUUCUAUACUAUGCACUGCACGAAUAUUUCAAAAGCAAAAGGAACUUUGUCGGCAGGAGAGAGUUUAUCGAGUUGUAUGGGGACACCGGUAGACAGGAAAUACGGAAGCGUCUUGGAAAUGAGUUCAAUGUGGUUACUAGUUUAAAGCCAAACUACGAUGAAGAUAAUUUCGAAACGGGUCGAAAGAACGACAUGCUUAAUUUUACCAACUCUGUAUUACCAGUUGACAGAUAUCUGGUCCAUUUAACCUCAACUGUCAAAGGACGAGGACAAUACUAUAAUGCUGUGAAUGUGUCGUCGUUUACACGAGCGGAUGAGUUUAUUGCAGCACAAUAUCCAGCAUCAGGCGCCGCCAUUGAUCUUGUUCGGCUUUUGGUGGAUCAAGAUUCCUCAUUUCUGAUUUCUUUGAACCCUUUAUCAGAAAUCAAAGAGCUUAUAGACUGGGUUGACGACGAAGUAAAAAAUGUUAAGUUGGCUCCAUAUGAAAUCAAAAAGAAAACAUCUACAAUGAUGAAAAAUGUAUUGCGAAAAACGGACAUUCAAAUCAAAACGAAACGUGGUAAUCAGAUGCACAUUGUGCAUAUUUUUGAAAUUCUUGAUUGGAAUUCCAAUGAAAUCCUACCAAAAGAACCAUCUACAAUAACUGAACUAAUAAAACUUUUUGCCUUGAAAGAAAAUGUGAACAAGAUGGACCGAUAGCCCUUGUUUCCAAGGAUGGUGCGACCUGUUGUGGAGUAUUUAUUGCUGUGUAUAACGCCAUAGAACAGCUACAACAAGAUGACGAGGUGGACAUUUUUACCAUAGUUCAGCAACUACAAUGUAGAAGACCAGAGAUGAUAUCUUCAAAGGAAGAAUAUGAGUUUUGCUUCAAGACGGUCUGUGACUAUCUGAAUUCAGACAACGUGUAUGCAAACACCUAAGGAUAUACGUGUACGUGUAGGAAUGUGGUUUCAUAAACUCAAGACAAAGAUUCAUCAGGGGAUAUUCAGAUUGUCAUUUAAUUUUUUUCCUGGUAAUGUUCCAAAGUUUCACUAAAAGUAUCCACUGAUUUUUUUUUCAUAGACCUCGUAAGUGAAAAAAUAACCUUUAAUGUAUACCUAGAUAUGAAUGCACAAUGCAAAGAACUUACGCUACAUGUACAUGUUAAGCUUAGACGUGCUUAUUUGUAAGAGUUCUCCCCCAUGGCACCUGAUCCCACCUCUGAUGUUUCGGAGGUCUGUGUUUGUGUUUGCUCUGCUCUUAUUUUGUAUUGUUUUAUGGACUUUGAGAGUGAAUUGUGUUCGUUAUCUCCAUAUCCUUCUUCUAUACUCUAACAUCUGAUUUGCCAUGCCUUUUUUUAAUGUUUUGUGUUUGUUUGAUCCUAUAACGAAUCAUAUCCAUAGCAUUGCAUAAACGCUAUCCUCUGAUGAAUCUAUUUAAUGGAAGCUUCUUUUCUCUUUCAGUAUUUAAUAUCUAAAGAAUUCUUUGCAAUUACUGGAAACAAUUCAUUUUUUUGCGAUACAAGUAGUUAGGGAACACAUUUUAAAAUAUGGGAUGUGUUAUUUUUAAAGAAUUUUUAGCAAACAUUUUAGUCAAAAAGGGAUUUUCUUCCCUUUUUUAGUAAAUGAAAACAUCCCCAAAAGCAACACAUGUUCUCCUGCCCUGAACUAUGAAUAGUUGAGGCAAUAAACAGAAGCAUAUUGACAGUAAUUAGCAGAAUGAAUUGCACGGUAUUUAAAAGAAAGAAAUCUCUGUUGCCUACGCUUAUAAUAAACAGUGUUUUGCAUGAUAAAGACACCUUCUAUU